AGGAAAGGAAGUCUCCGGGAAGCAACUUUUGACCCCUUUCUUCUUCGAUUUCUCAUGGUGGUUGCUCUCUUUUUUCCUCUUCAUCUUCCCCUAGAAUCAUUCCCUUUUUCUCCUAUAAAAAUCUCCCUUCAUUUCAUUUCUUAACCCGCCAUCAAAUUUGCUACGGAUUUCUUCCCUUUUUGUCUCUUGUUUUACUUACCCAUUUGUGAAAGAUCUCCUGGAGAAUUCAGAAUUGUGUUUUUAAUUUACGAAAGUUUCUUGUUUUCUGGGGAGAAAAGGUUUUGAAGUUUUGAAGAAAAGGUUGGGAAUAAGGAAGCUGGAUCUUGAGUUUUCUUAGCUGUUUGCAACAAGGGAAAAAAGGGUCUUCUGGGAUUUUUGCUCAAAAGAUCGGAUUUUGAUCUAUCUUUGCACUCAAGUUCGGGAAUUUAAUUUACCCAUAGGCUUGAAAAUCGAGGGUCUGUAUUGGUUUUUGUUGAUUUGAUUCAUGGGUAAUUGCUGUGUGACCCCGUCAUCAGGUUCUCCCGGUCAUGAGAAAGAGGAGAAGAGGAAGGGGGGAAAGAAGAAGCAGAAUCCAUUCUCCAUUGAUCACGGUCAGUUCCACCAUGGCAACGGCGGACACAAGCUUUGCGUCUUGAGGGACCUAACUGGAAGUGAAAUUGAGCAGACGUAUGAACUGGGGCGCGAGCUUGGGCGCGGGGAAUUUGGCAUCACCUAUCUUUGUACGGAUAAGGAAACAGGUGAGGCCUUGGCCUGCAAAUCAAUAUCCAAGAAGAAGCUCAGGACUGCAAUUGAUAUAGAAGAUGUGAGAAGAGAGGUGGAAAUCAUGAAGCAUUUGCCAAAGCACCCGAAUAUAGUGAGCUUGAAAGAUACGUAUGAGGAUGAUAAUGCAGUGCAUUUGGUGAUGGAAUUGUGUGAGGGAGGUGAACUGUUUGAUAGAAUUGUUGCCAGGGGACAUUACACUGAGAGGGCUGCUGCUGCAGUUACAAAGACCAUUGUGGAGGUUGUUCAGGUGUGUCACAAGCAUGGAGUGAUGCAUAGGGAUCUCAAACCUGAGAACUUUUUGUUUGCAAACAAGAGGGAGACAGCACCUUUAAAGGCUAUUGACUUUGGACUAUCAGUGUUCUUUGAGCCUGGGCAAGUAUUUAAUGAGAUAGUUGGAAGUCCAUACUACAUGGCUCCUGAGGUGUUAAAACGACGUUAUGGCCCAGAAGUUGAUGUCUGGAGUGCUGGUGUGAUCCUUUACAUCUUACUUUGUGGUGUCCCACCUUUCUGGGCAGAAACUGAACAGGGUGUUGCACAAGCAAUUAUUAAGUCUGUGAUAGAUUUUAAGAGGGAUCCUUGGCCUAAGGUUUCGGAUAACGCAAAAGACCUUGUAAGGAAGAUGCUUGAUCCUAAUCCACAGUGUCGGCUUACAGCUGAGCAAGUGCUAGAUCAUCCUUGGUUGCAAAAUGCAAAGAAGGCGCCAAAUGUUUCCUUGGGUGAAACUGUGAAGGCAAGGCUGAAGCAGUUCUCUGUAAUGAACAAGCUCAAGAAAAGAGCUCUAAGGGUAAUAGCUGAGCAUCUAUCGGUGGAAGAAGUUGCGGGCAUAAAGGAAGGAUUCAAACUGAUGGAUACUGGCAACAAGGGAAAGAUUAAUAUUGAUGAACUAAAGGUUGGGCUGCAGAAACUUGGCCACAGUAUUCCUGAUGCAGAUAUUCAGAUUCUGAUGGAAGCUGGUGAUGUGGAUAGAGAUGGAUAUCUAGAUUAUGGAGAGUUCGUUGCCAUAUCUGUUCACUUGAGAAAGAUGGGCAAUGAUGAGCACCUUAAAAAGGCUUUUGAAUUCUUUGAUAAAAACCAAAGUGGGUAUAUUGAGAUCGAAGAACUAAGAGAUACCUUGGUUGAUGAAGUUGACACAAACAGCGAAGAGGUCAUUAGUGCCAUUAUGCGUGAUGUUGACACAGACAAGGAUGGACGGAUAAGUUAUGAGGAGUUUGAUGCAAUGAUGAAGGCAGGUACAGACUGGAGGAAAGCAUCAAGGCAGUAUUCGCGAGAGCGCUUCAACAAUCUAAGUCUAGAAUUGAUGCGGGAUGGAUCGUUGCAGAUGAGCAAUGAGGGUAGAUGACUUGACUAGGGUCUCAAGUUAAAUGUUGACAAAUGAAUAGCUAUAGAGAAAAACGCCGUUGGUUUUCAGUAUUGUUUUCUUGUGCUGUUAAUUUCUUUUUUGGAUAUAAAAGAAAAAUACAUUUUUUGGGUAAACGAUUUUGUUGGGGGUACGUAGGAUUUGGGUCCACGGUGUUGCUACAAUUCUGAGUGUCAAUAUUUUUAUUUUUAUUUGUUGUGAUGGGGUGCUGGAGAAACGGAGCAGCUGAAUGCUGGGGAUGUUAUGUUUGUUGUAAAUAUUGUUACAUUCUCCUAUUUUAAUCAACAUCUUCCUUGUUGACAUUUGAAUGUCAAAUUUGAAUUCCAAAUUGAUAUCUGCACAACAAACCUCACAAUUGCAG